AUGUCUUUAUCACUUGUACGUUCUACUUAUAGAAGAAUGCUGAAAUAUUUGCUUCGUCAUUGGUGUAUGGAAAUCAAAUGUGACGGUAAUAAUACGACGAACCGUAAUACUAAAAAAAAUGGUCAAGACGGUUGCCACCAAAAAUCAGAUGGACAUGACACACAUAGCAGUAACAAUGAGAACAAAAUUUCUCAAAUGACACAAUCUAAUCUUGAUAAGCAACUUGAUGAUGGUAUUUUAUUAGAUGCUCAACUUGAAUGGGAACAUGAAGCAGGAAUUGAACAUAGUCCAAGAAUUUAUCGAAAAUCAGAACAAGAUCUAUUAGAUAUUAUUUUAACAAAAUCUCCACUUUCAAUAUCACCGACAGCAUAUAUUCGUACACCUUAUUGUUCUGAUUUUGAAUGGGAUAAUUUAUUUGACUUUGCUUUGUAG